AUGGGGGUGAAUGGGAAGGGUUUGGUUCUCUCAGCUAAGCAGCUGAGCCCGUCUAACCCCACAGACGCCCAGCUGCUCCCCAGGGCUGCCUCAGGCCUGAAGCAGGUCUUGGAUACAAAAGACGUACAGGUAUAUAAAGUGACUGUAAACGGACAGGAUGCAAAAUUUGGUUUUGGAGAAAAGCACAGUUUCAAGGGAACUCCUCUGGAAAUCGCCCUUCCUUUCGAACUAAAAAGGGGACAAGAAGCAAUUGUCGAAAUCUCUUUUGAAAGCUCUCCAAAGUCUUCAGCUCUCCAAUGGUUUACUCCAGAGCAAACUUCUGGGAAGAAACACCCAUUUCUCUUCAGCCAGUGUCAGGCUACCCACUGCAGAGCCAUCUUUCCAUGCCAAGACACACCUGCUGUGAAACUAACCUACUAUGCAGAGAUAUCCGUUCCUAAAGAGUUGGUGGCUCUUAUGAGUGCUAAUCGCGAUGGAGAGAUGCCUGACCCAGAGGACAGCAGUCGGAAGAUAUACCGUUUCAGUCAAAAUGUUCCCAUACCUUGCUACUUGGUUGCUUUAGUGGUUGGGGCUUUAGAAAGCAGAAAGAUUGGCCCAAGGACACUGGUGUGGGCUGAAAAGGAACUAGUGGAUAAAUCAGCCUAUGAAUUUGCUGAGGCUGAAGCUAUGCUGAAAACAGCAGAAGACUUAGCAGGGCCCUAUGUGUGGGGACAGUACGACUUGUUAGUCUUACCACCUUCUUUUCCUUACGGUGGUAUGGAGAAUCCUUGUCUUACUUUUGUAACUCCAACACUAUUGGCGGGUGAUCGAUCUCUAUCAAAUGUUAUUGCUCAUGAAAUCUCUCACAGCUGGACAGGAAACUUGGUAACAAACAAAACAUGGGAGCAUUUUUGGCUGAAUGAGGGACAUACUGUGUACCUGGAACGCAGGAUUGGUGGUAGGUUGUUUGGUGAGCAGUUCAGGCACUUUCAAGCCCUAGGAGGUUGGAGGGAACUGCAAAAUACGAUAAAUACUCUUGGAGAUAAAAAUCCUGUAACUAACCUUGUCCCUAAUCUGAGUGAAGUAGAUCCUGAUGUUGCCUAUUCAUCUGUUCCGUAUGAGAAAGGUUUUGCUUUGCUUUUUUACCUUGAACAACUUCUUGGAGGACCAGAUGUUUUCAUUGGCUUCUUGAAGGCUUACAUUCAGCAGUUUGCUUAUAAAAGCAUAGUAACAGAGGACUGGAAGAACUUCUUGUACUCCUACUUCAAGGAUAAGGUGGAUGUUCUUGAUAAAGUUGACUGGAACUCAUGGUUUCAUGCUCCAGGAAUGCCACCAGUGAAGCCUAAGUAUGAUAUGACGCUAGCAAAUGCUUGUGUUGCCUUGAGCCAAAGAUGGAUCAAAGCAAAAGAGAGUGAUUUGGGCUCAUUCAGCUCAGCAGACCUGAAGGAAAUGUCAUCUCAUCAGUUGAUAGAGUUCCUGGCACUGUUGCUUCUGGAGGAUCCUCUUCCAGUUUCACAUGUCAAACGAAUGCAGGAAGUGUAUGACUUCAAUGCUAUAAACAAUUCUGAAAUAAGAUUCAGAUGGCUGCGCCUCUGCAUCAAGUCCAAGUGGGAAGAAGCUAUUCCUCUGGCUCUAAAAAUGGCAACGGAUCAGGGCAGGAUGAAGUUUACGCGACCUCUGUUCAGGGACCUUUACAAUUUUGACAAGUGUCGAGAUCUGGCUGUCAAGACAUUUCUGGAGCAUAGAGCCUCUAUGCACCCGGUCACUUCAAUGCUUGUGGGCAAAGACUUAAAACAGGAUCAGUGACAAAUUUACUGUUUUUUUUGUUGUUUUUUUUUUUUUAAA